UGGAGACCUUGACCUUCACAGCGACAGUCUAAACAUGGCCGCCUACCCCUCGCUCUGUGGCAACCACAAACCUCUAUACGGUGGCCUGUAGCAGAAGAUUGUCUGUUUGACUACGUUCACAGGAUUCCGAUAUUCAAACAAGGAGAUGGACGAGAGUAUCAACGCCAUAGCCGUAGGUGUGAAACACAAGUCUACUCUUGCAAAAGAAAUGUAUGACAGUGGAGACCUCAAAGGGGCUUUGGAACAGUUUAAACUUGCCUUAAGGGACUCAAACCGUCUUAUAAUAAGAAAGAGAGAAAGUGUUGCCCUUUGCAGAUUGAACCUGGCAUCAGCACAAAUAGGUAGAGGGGAUGAAGCAGAAAAGACGGAUGGAAGAAAAGCACUGGAACAGUUACUGGAAGAGAACACAGAGGACAACAUGUUGUCAGCUUGUAUUAACUUCAAUCUGGCGCUUGCAUCGCCGGACAAUGACAAAAAGGAUACUUAUCUGGAGACAUGUCUGGAGAUUCUGGAACGUGUGAAAGAUGCUAAGGCUGAGACUUUGAUCCUGCAGCAGAAGGCGCUAGAGGAACGGCUGCGGUUAAUAAAUGUCAGGGAGAAAGAGGAACGGUGUCAAGGAAAUGAGCCAGGUGAUAAACAAGAAAGAAAACACGAUGAGAAGAAGCUGAAGUGCAGGAAACAGUUAGCUGACGUGUGUAAACGUUUAUCAGUGGAGGCCUACACGGAGAUGGAGGAGUCGGAGACUGUCCUCUGCAGCAAACGUGUGGCCAAUCUGCUUGCAAUGGCCAAUAUGACAGUAGCCCAAAACAGACAAAACGCUCGAAUGUACGCACAUGAAUGUCUGAGUAUAUUAGAAGAAGACUGGUCUCGUGUCCAAGUGAACACGUGCUCUGAUCUGGCCGUUCUCUUCACCGAGAUUGGAGCUUACGAGAAAGCAAAGCUAUGUUUCCGAAAGACACAGCUGUGUCAAAACAUCAACGAACUCGAAGAACAAGAGGUCCAAUGUCACAUGUUUCAAAACCUAGGGGCUGUGUGUGUUUUGGAACGGAAGUAUCAAGAGGCCACGCAAUACUUCAAAGAUGCUCUGGGUGUGAUAGCUGGAAGAGCGAGCGAGAGGCGAGCCCAUCUGUACCUGAAUCUGGGAUUCGCCUGGAGUCAGAUGGGAAGAGCGAAGAUCUGGAAAACCUACGAGGCCUAUCUCAAUGCCGCCAAAUACUCCCAAGAGUUGAACACAGAGACCAACCUGAGACUGGAGGCACUGCAGGGCCUGGUUCUGGCUGGAAUGGCUGUCCUCGACUAUCGGCAGGGACUGGGAGACUUCUGUGUCAAUGUCGUCCUCAGUCAUAAAGAAAUUGAUGCUGACGCGACUCUAAAUUGGCAAAACAUAAAUGUUUCUGGGUUCAAGGACAAAAUGAAAGAAGAAAUUAAAGACAAGUAUAUGACGUGUAUUGACAACGUCAAUGUUGCUGUCUUAAACAGGCAACUCUAGCUGAGGACAGGCGUUGAAUGGAUAUUGAACAUAACUAAGGAGUUUAUUAUUAAAUUAUGUUCAUCUUAAAAUGGCAAAACGUAUUGACAGAGUGAACGGGAUAUUUGGAACGUUGCCACUCUGUAAACAUCAUAGUAGUGAAGUAAGGGGCUUCCUUGUUUUGAAUUAUGUUGAUUUAUUAUUUCUCGUCCAUAGUUUCACACCAGCUUGAAUUCCGAAUUCCGAACUUUAUAUUGUACGCAUCACUAAUCUAUUGCAAGGAUUGUUCGGUGAUGCACGUUUAAUUUGCUUUGGACAUUUAUUACUAAAUCAUGUUUAUCGUUUAAACGGCAAAACGUAUUGCUAGCUAGUAAUGUUCUGUUGUAUAUUGAUGACUUGACAGAUUCCCUGUACACAAAAUGUAGAAAUGAUUUAUGUCACUUUCGUAUUCUGAAUUGUCUUCAAUUGAUAUUUUCAUUUUGGACCUUUCCAACAAGAUAUACGAGUUAGCUUCACUGACUGGUCAACUCCACCUACCCACACUAAGUUGAUUUGAAUGAUCACUGAUCUUUCCGUUUGGUUUGUCGGGCUGCUUGAGUGGAUGAGGCACGAACUUACGAAAGCCUUGUGAUGCCACAUUUGUAGCAUGAAAUAUGUUUUCAGCGAACUUUCUCGUUGCUUCGAGUGUUUAGGUAAAUUAAAGAAAAGGCUGAUGUACCACGUCUCUUUAUGCAGUUACUACAUUCGGUUUAUACCAGUCUAUUUGAUGGUAUAUACUUGACUCCCGUUUCUUGGUUGCAUAAUACGUAUCAAGGAACUCCCAUUUCAGUGUUUGUCUCUACAAAUGUAUGUACCACUUGACUUUGUAUAGACUCCCAGCGAGAACAGAACAUCGGAUAUACUCAGUGUAAAAUCUUUGUACCCGUCUUGUGACACUCAAAUAAUAAACUAUUGGUACAUGUAUGUCUGUCUACCUGCCCGGCCGCAUGUCUUGAAAUGACUGAUCUUGUUGAGCAUCGAUGCACGUGGUAUCACACUAUCUGGUUCUGUCAGACCUAGGUCAGUCCCAUGUGAUUUCAACAUUUGUGGAAACUGGAUAUAAGCUGCUGCAGUCGCUCUCGAUCACGUGUACAUGAUAACCGGCUAGUUUUAAUAGAGUUAGAAUUUAGUAAUAGAAUAUGCUUUACUGAAUAAGUCUUACUAAAAAUAUAAUUAAUUGUACUAGGUACUCCGAAAUAUUCAAACAAUACCAGAAGGAUAUAUAGUACAUUAGGUAUCAUGAAAUCAUAUAAAUUGAAGAAUAAUGUGUGUGCUACCAAUUCUUGUUAUUAUUGUAACAUAUAAACAUGCAAUGAUAAUAUUUAAAGUAUCAAAAAGACUAAUAGUCUUAUAAUUCACCCUAACAAAAGUAAAAAGUCAAUUCAAAGCCAUGCGUAAGGAAUAUGACAUUUCGGUUAUUUAGACACACUCGCAUGUGUAUUAUCUUAUCUUAGCAUUCAAGGUUCUCCAGACAACAGUAUACUAUUUUUCAUGCUGUUUUUGGCUCCGGUCAUAGUGACAUUUCACAGAUUAUCUUAGUGACAUAUCACAGAUUAUAUAUCUGCAAAGGCCAUUUUGUCAAGUCCAGACCUAACUCACAGAAGCAAUGCUUCUCAGUCUUGGUACCCUGAUCUUAGCUCUGUUUCUUGGAGGAGAAGCCCAAGUCUCAAAUCCUGGUAUUUUUGACCCCAACUGCAAGGACCAUCUGGACAACUGCCAUGAGUUCCAGUGGGACACAUGUCUCAACAAACUGUUCAAGCAAUGGGUGAUAGACAACUGCAUCCAGUAUUGCAAGCUUUGUAUUGGACCUACGACUACGACAACGACUACACCAACUCCACCGUGUAUUGACACGGAAGCCAACUGUCACAGCUACCCGGACGACAUAUGCACGAAAGAUCUGUACAGGGCAUGGGCAAAGGCUCACUGCCGGGUGACCUGUGGGUUCUGUGGCGUUGUUCAGGGUGUGCCCACUCCUAAGAUUGACUAGGACAUACUGACACUGUAACCACUGCCAACGAUUAUUAUGAAACUAAUAAACACAUAUCCUGCUUA